UAUGACUUUUGUGAUAAAGCUCGUCGUCUGUUAGUUUAUUAAACUACUGACAAAAUUUAUAAUAACAAUAAUAAUACAUUUUUAUUUUAUCAAUUCUUUAUAUAACUUGAUGUAAUGAUCAGUUUGACGUUUAUACACUUUUAAACUCGAAUACAAACAAAAUAAAAAUGAACCGAUUCUCAGUUGUUUUGCAAAACGCGUUUGAUGCUUUAGCGCCACCAGCUCCUCUUCAUGAAGAUUUUGUGUACCAUUGGAAACGUUUGAUGAAGCACUAUCUGGAUGUUGCUACUACAAGUAAGGUGGCUAUUGAAAUGACAAACAUUCCUGCCCAUCUAGAUCAGCUAGAGAAGAUCCUACUGAAGGAGGACACUAGUCCUAUAGCAGAUGGCAGCACUGGUCCCUGCCUGGAGUACCUGUUGAAACACAAUCUGCUAGAUUUGUUGGCGACACUGGCUGUGAGUGACGACCCUCCUGGUAUGCGUCAGUAUGUACUCCGGUUUGUUACAAACACUCUCACCCACCUGCAAGCUCCGAUACUGGCCCACAAUGCUGUCUUCCCUUCACUACAGCGUCUUAUCGAGAUGUGUAAUGGCCAUUGUCCAACUCCAAGUGAGACAGAUGAGAUAAAAUUUCUCUUUGCAUUGACUGCACAGUUGCGGAAACAUCCCCACCUCGUCUAUGUCUAUAUGAAUCAGUGGGAACUGAGAGAGCGCAAGUUAAGUGAGUGCAGUACUACCAGUAACCACAGUUCUUCCAGCCUCAAGACUCUUACCAGUUCUGCGAAUAUUGUUCCUGCCGAUCUUCCAAUGGUCCAUACCAGAAGUUCUCCACCCCCCAACAAUCCCCUGUUUCGACCCUUGGUCACCCCCGCCCUAGCUGAGGAGCCCAAGUUAGUACCUGUGGAAGUGGAAACAACAACAUUACCGCCCCCACAGCCCCCGCCUGAUGACCCCGAUUCUUCCUUACCACAAUUCCCUCUUCUGAAUGCUCUCAUCAGUUACAUCAACAGCGCUGACAGUGCAGUGCGUGUGAAGGCAUGUCAGGCCAUCAUGCUUGUGACAUCAGUGCCAGAUGACAAGUUCGCCCAGCUGAUAGCACAGCACUCACCACUCUGCGAGAGUUUGGCAAUCAAAUUAACAGCCCAAUACUUAGAAAUACCACCAGACACGGAUCCAAAUCAUAUAGAUGACAUGCACGCUACCUGGGGGCUGGACACUCCCAUCCCACUAGAGGUGGAGGAGAGCUGCGAAGGUUGUAGACAAGCUGCUACGUUUCUAGGAUGGCUCGACUUCUGUGAUCAGGUGGCAGUAGAAGGCAGACCAAGUAUAGGGAUGGCACUAGCACAGUCUGUCAGGGAACUGUUCCUAGAGCAAGAGUUUGAGCCAGAACUGCUACCCAACAGUCUAGUUAUUGCUCUGCUCACCAAGUGUUUCAAGGUCAUCACUUCCACACACCUCGUCAAAGAGAUGAGUGAGUGGCUGGUAGGGGAGGGCAGAGGUCCGGAGUUGCCAGGAGUAGUCACUUGUCGCACGCGUCAGACUCUGCUGGACAUCUGUAGUCAUGGAGACCCAGCGGUCAGUCUCGAGGCACUGAGGCUGUUUGAGGUAGUCCUGGAGAAGAACAUAGAACAUGUGAUACACUGUCUGCUGCUGACGUACGUAGAGGGCCGAGGCUAUUACGACAACACACUGUCACCCAACCACAUCGAGUCCUGGAGUGAUGAAGAGGAUGAGCGGGAGAGGCAUCGUGAGAGUCCUGAAACAGACCCAAAUGGACUUGUAAGCCGAACUAUGGCACCAUCUCACAUAGACAAAAUCAUUCACAGUUUCUUGAACGUGGUGCCGCCGAUGCUCCGGUCUGCACCCAGUGCUGAGACAGGAGGAUACCACCAGUAUGUGAGUGAGUCACAGCGUCAGUACUCGCUGGUGGUGGCAGCUUGUGCUGGCUUCUCUUGGCCCAUAGAGGCGGUGUCAGAUGAUAACCUAAGCUCUGACUCUCGGCCUGAGGCUGACGCUCGCCAAUUCUAUGAGGGGCCUUUUCUCCGCAUGAUCUUUAACAGGAUCAGAGAUCUGCCGAACCAGGCAUAUGAAGUGAACCUACAACUGACUGCUGUGAUAUCCCGACUAGCACUGCUGCCACACCCUUACCUACACGAGUACUUGCUGAACACUGGGGUACCACGGCGACCGGACACAGACUGUCUAUUGGCAGCUCUGAGUGACACUGCUACCCGGCUACAUGCCCAGGUCACUAGCCUGCCCGGCUACAAGGGACUGCUGCAGGAGACUAGGCACCGGCUGCUGGGCCACACACAAGACAAGAGGGAAGAGUACUGCAGUCUACUCGAAAGUGUGGUGGUGUUAGAGGAGGUAUGUAAGGAGCUGGCUGCUAUCGCUUUCGUCAAAUUCCAUCAUGCCACGUGACCCUUUUUGCCCCCCAAACCUCCCCUACACUACUGGCUCUGUGGCCGAAUCUUUUGUCAGGUGUUCCGAUCAUAAUGGACACUCACUAAGUUAAAAUUUUGGGUUUCCUUGUUAUUUACUUAUAAAUUAAUUAAUUUUCAGUAUUACUUUUUUGUUUCUGAUUCAUAAUGUAGUCAGGGAUGUUAUUAAUCCCUCUUAUUAACCAAUGGAAACAUGGGUUAUUAAUCAAACAGUGUACAGUUCUAUUUUUUUUUUCAUAAAACAUACUACAUAAAUUAAUAUUUAAAAGAUGAAGUGCUUUAUAAAUGUAGGUCCAUACAGAACAUUUAUGUUUUAUAGAUUUUAAAAUUGUAUUAUCUCCAAAAUAGGAAAUAAAGAUUCUAAAAUCUGAACAAAUUUAUGUACCUAUGCAGUUAGGUAAGGAAUUGGAAUCCCACAAUUUUGCUCAGGCUAAAUUGAUGGUUAAGUUGUUGUUUACUUAAUUACUGAUCUGUUAGUUUAAUCGACACAGUGGAGUAUAAAGGCUUAACCCAUUGCGGAUCGUAUUUUUUUGGCGCGCGGGCACCAGCGGGCGCGAAUUAAUUCACGGUCAGCGGCCGCACGAACAGCAAUGGUGCGCCACAUCGUAUCUCUCG